UCUUAUAAAUCAAUUUUAUGAAAUUGAAUUAGACUUAUAAUUUAUUUUCUUGACAUUAUGUUAUGUUAGAGCAACGCUAGCAUUAGCAUUAGCAUAGAUUUUGCAACGCUGUCUUCAUCCGAUAUCAACCACUCUCAAACAAACCGAACACUCGUCCUCUUUCUAUCUCAUUUCAUUUAUUAAACAAAACCAUUUUUCAACAACAUAAUUCGGACACCCUUUAUAGCAAUGGAGUUGGACCUCUGAUUUCUCUAACUCUAGCUAGGAUUGAGAAACAAGAACAAUAUCAACGACAACGAGUUGAAGAGAGUGGUUUUUUCAACUUUUAAUAAUGGCGGUGGAGUAUCAGUGUUGUGAAACUCAGUUUUUCAUACGGUUAUUGAUAAUUCUGCUGCUUGUGUUGUUUGCUGGAUUGAUGUCAGGGCUCACUUUAGGACUCAUGUCCUUGAGUCUUGUUGAUCUUGAGGUUCUCGCUAAGUCUGGCACCCCUCAGGAUCGCAAACAUGCUGCGAAGAUAUUACCUGUUGUCAGAAAUCAACAUUUGUUGCUUUGCACCCUUCUAAUUUGUAAUGCUGCAGCCAUGGAGGCACUUCCUAUCUUUCUUGAUAGUCUUGUUGUGGCGUGGGGUGCUGUCUUGAUUUCAGUAACGUUAAUUCUUCUAUUUGGUGAGAUUAUACCACAAUCAAUUUGUUCUCGGUAUGGCUUAGCAAUUGGUGCAACGGUGGCUCCAUUUGUCCGGGUUCUUGUAUGGAUAUGCUUUCCUGUUGCUUAUCCAAUUAGCAAGUUGUUGGAUUAUUUGCUGGGGCAUCGACAUGAAGCCCUUUUCCGCAGAGCUGAGUUGAAAACACUUGUAAAUCUGCAUGGCAAUGAGGCUGGAAAAGGUGGAGAACUGACACAUGAUGAAACCACAAUCAUUGCUGGAGCGCUUGAACUCUCUGAGAAGACAGCCAGUGAUGCCAUGACUCCCAUAACUGAUAUAUUUUCUAUUGAUAUUAAUUCAAAGCUUGAUAGGGAUUUGAUGAAUCUAAUAUUGGAGAAAGGGCAUAGCAGAGUUCCUGUCUAUUAUGAGCAGCCUACAAAUAUUAUUGGACUUGUUCUGGUCAAGAAUUUAUUGACAAUUGACCCAGAAGAAGAAAUACCCGUGAAAAAUGUGACCAUCCGAAGAAUUCCAAGGGUUCCAGAAACGUUGCCACUUUAUGAUAUUUUGAAUGAGUUCCAGAAGGGCCAUAGCCACAUGGCUGUUGUUGUCAGACAUUGUGAGAAGACAGGGCAACAGUCUUCCAACAAUAAUGCCGAUGUGAGAGAUGUAAAGGUAGAUAUUGAUGGGGAGAAGAAUCCCCAAGAGAAUAUGUUGAAGACCAAGAGGUCACUCCAAAAGUGGAAAAGCUUUCCAAACUCAAAUAAUUCGAAUAGGGGUGGUUCCCGAAGCAGAAAAUGGUCAAAAAAUAUGUACUCGGAUAUUCUGGAAAUAGAUGGAAAUUCACUUCCAAGUUUGCCCGAAAAAGAAGAAGCUGUUGGAAUAAUUACAAUGGAAGAUGUCAUUGAAGAGCUUUUACAGGAGGAGAUCUUUGAUGAGACGGAUCAUCAUUUUGAAGACUCAUGACAAUCAUGAUCUUUCUAUAUAACUAGGUAGAUUAGUAUUUCACAAUCUUAUCUUGGUGUUUAGAUUCGUUUCGUAGGUAAUUAGAUUAGAUAAAUCAAAACAAAGUAUUCGGGGAUGUGGAAUUAAUGUGAUUGGAACGCAACAAGCCAUGAUCCAUGGGAGAAUCUAUUUUUGUUAAUACGUUCACAUCAAAUUUUAUUUUACAUUUUCUUUAUGCUAUUUGUAUCAACAUCGGUAUUUUAUGUAAGGUAGAGGAGCAUGCCAGCAAUGCGGUAUGAGACAUAAAUAUGUUGAUUUUAUGAUGCUUGUAUUGAUUGCGUUUGCGUAUGAACCGAAAGGCUUUCAGAUACAGUA